AUGACGGCUGCCGCUGAAGAGCAGGGCCGCGCCAGGCCUCAGCGCAACUGGAUCCUGCAGGCGCUCUUCCAAGUCUUAACAAUCCACAUCAUUAUGAGCAUCUUCGGCGGCAAGCAGCGCAACGCGGUCGACCCGGUCACCGGCAAGCCUGCGCCGGCGUUGAAGAACUACCUGGCCGCCGGCGAGCUCUACGAUGUGUUCGUAUACGCGAGCCCGGAACCGUACCUCGGCGUGGAUUCCUUGGAGAGCAACGCGCAGCUUGUCUAUUCUGCUGAAAACCGGGCGUACGCGCACAAAUUCAACCGCGCCUACGAGGUCGUGGAGGCCACUGUGUCGGCACCAUCCAACUUCUUCGACAGCGAGGACAGUGUGUUGCACGCGAUUGUCUUUUUGGUCCCGCACCGGUCGUACGCGACCCGCGGCUCGGCGCUCCACCUGUCCACGUUCAAGGAGGGCUUCGACGGGCACGUGAUCGUGAAGUCGAUUCCGCUGACGAUGAUGCGCCCCGUGAAGCGCAGCAAGGAGGUGAGCCUGGUCGGCGGCGACGCGGAGUCUGCGCCUGAGGAGGACGAGGGUGAGGAUCUGCGGAAGCACUGGGUUCCUCGCCUCGACGUGAACCUGGUGUACGAGACUGCGCCUUGCAUCCAGCGUCCGGGCGACGUGUACUUCGAUAAGUACGACAAGCACCCGGCGGAGGGCGUGUACGACCCCCUGAUGUACCUAUCGCAGUUCUGGGUGCUGGAGGAGCACUACCAGUGCGUCAGCCCCGAGAUGGCCGGCGCGCCCCUGGAGCUGAAGGUCCACUUCUCCACUUGCAACUCGAUGUACUACAUCAUGACGACGCAGUUCAAGGCGAACGCUGAGACCGGCGGGAUCCUGGGCCACCAGUCCGUGAAGGAGUUCGAGAUGUUCAAGCGCACGCUGAUGACGACCAACAUCUACAUGCUGAUCUUCUCUGGCGCGUUCAUCUUGCUGCACAGCGUGUUUUCGUUCUUCGCGCUGAAGAACGACAUCCAGUUCUGGCACAAGAACGACUCCAUGGAGGGCCUGUCGGCGUUGUCGGUGCUCAUCAGCUUCGUGUGCGACGUGAUCAUCGCGCUGUACGUGUUCGACAGCGAGAACGUGUCGUGGCUGAUAUUGUUCGAGAUGGGCGUGGGCGUGGCCGCCUCUGCGUGGAAGGUUUCGAAGGCCAUCAAGUUCAAGUUCAAGCGCCAGUUCCCGUUCGUCGAGCUGGGCAAUGCCAACAACUAUGUGGAGUCGAACACCAAGAAGUACGAUGAGCAGGCCAUCAAGUACAUGAGCAUGGUGAUGAUCCCUUGCGUGGUGGCGUACGCCAUCUACUCGUUGUUCUACGAGAAGUACAAGUCGUGGUACUCAUACUUCAUUUCUGUUGCGGCGGGCUCCGUGUACACCUUCGGUUUCAUCAUGAUGACCCCGCAAAUCUACAUCAACUACAAGCUGAAGUCGGUGGACCACCUUCCGUGGCGCGCUCUGAUCUACAAGUCGCUCAACACCUUCGUGGACGACGUGGCGUCGUUUUUGAUUGAGAUGCCGUGGAUGCACCGUCUGUCGUGCUUCCGUGACGACAUAAUUUUCUUCUGCUACCUGUACCAGCGCUGGGCCUAUCGCGUGGACCCCUCUCGCCCGAGCGCCUGGAACCACCCCGAGCAGGAGCCCCAGGAAGUGGCCGAAGGCGCGGCCGCCGAGACCAGCAUCGAGAACGAGCCCGCCAACGCCGAUGAGGACGAAUCCGCGCCCACGAGGCGCCGCUGA